UGAGCGAUCUGUGUCAUGCACAAGAGGAACAAGAAGAAUUAAUAUUUCAAGAAAGCAGGACUUAUUUCUUGGAGGUCGCAAUAAUUUUUCUAUAAAUAAAUAUCUUUUUAACGUUGUGUCCGACUGUAAUCUAUUCGUGAUGGCUUGCGUUGAAGCACCAUUAACAAACGCUGAUUCAGAAAUGGAAGAAGGAGAGAUAGUGGACGAGGCUGAUGACCUCUCGGACAUAUCUUCCGAGGAGGAGUUUUUGCUACGGCAGCGGUUGCAAGUGUUGGAAAAUUAUAACAAUGUUUUAGAACGCAAGGAGGCGAAGCGAUCAUCAAUCGGGCCAGGUAUUUUAGAAGGUACACAACGAAGAGCUGUAUACGAUUAUUCUGGUAUUUCUGGUGCAGACGCAGAUAAUGGCUUUGCAAAAUUGACUUUAAGAAUUACUAGGGAUCAAAAAUCUUUUAAAACUCAACAGAAACAAAAGAGAUCAAAGCAAGUUAUCAAAGAAGGUUCAAAGAUUAAAGAACAGAGAAGAAAAAAUCACCGCAUUAAAAAGAAAAUUUCAGUUAUUAGUGAUAGUGAAACAAGUGAUAUUUCAGAAGAUGAAUACAGAAAAAAAAGACGAAGAUUAGAAAAUGCUGUGUCUUUAAGCAAAGUCAAACAGGAUACAACAACUUUAAAAGACCGUAUUACAAAAAUGUUAUGUGGAUCCAAAUUGGAAAUUCCUCAUACUGAAGUUCAUACUAAAAUAAUAGAAUCUUCAGAAAUACCUAAAGACAGCUUUAUUCAGUUACAUAAUAAAGAAAAAGUUAACUCAAUUAAUGCAGAUAAGAUACAGGAAAUCAGUUCAAGUGUACCAGUGCUUGUUUGUAGUGAUGAUACUUUAAUAAAACCAAAUGAAAUGUUACAAAAUGUAAUUGAAUCAUCAGUAAUCGAAGAAAAAGCAGAUUUACAUAGUGAUGGCAAUUCUGAUGAAGACUUAGAAUUGCUUCGGCAGUUGGCACUCAAAACGAAAUGUGUGAAAUUAGCUUUGCCAAAUGAGCAAAUGCCCUCUGAAAACAAACAAGCAUUAUCAGAAGAUGAAGAUAGUGACACUGCAGAAUUACGGAUGAUUUGCUUGAAGUCGGCUUUUUUGAAAAAAGCUAUCGAAAUUAAGCAAAAGCAGAAACUACAAAAAAGGCUCUCACAGUCGUCUAUUGUGCCAGAUGAUUUUGAUAUACACACUGAGAAUGAUAUAAAUGUUGAUAAUAACACAGAUAUUGAGUCUGUUGAUAUGGAUAUUGGAUCAGAUGCUGAAGACAAAGGGAAAAUCAUUAAUGAUUGCACCCAGAAAAAUGAAAUUCAAACAAAUAGUGGGGAAUGUGAUAAAGCCAUUUCUGAGAAAAAAAUACUCAAAGAUGAGUUAGAAGAUGAUGAAGAUUUAUUGCGAGCAAAGUUACUAACUUCUCUAAGUAAAAAUCUUCCACAUCUUGUUGAGAUAAAUGAUGAAGAUUCUGUACUGGCUAAACCAGAAACUAAUUCUGAAAAUACAGCAAAGAAUCAACCUCAACAACAGGAAAAGAAAUUCAUUAUUCACCUUCGAGAGUCUGAUUCUGAAGGUGAAAAUGAAGCUACGAAAAAUUUAACAAAAAUGCACCUUAAAUUAUCUGAACAACAGGAAUUCCAAAACAAACUAGAUCUCUUCUUAAAGUCGACGCGAAUGGAAGUUGAAAAAAAAAAAUUGCCAGAUGUUGUCCAAAAGCCCAUACAAAAGCCAUCUGAAAAGCUUGUCAUCAAGGCUAUGAAUCAUUUACCGAAGUCCGAGCAGAUAGAGUACAAAAACUUAGUCAAGAGAAUGGCUGAAUUAGAGAAAUUGAAACAAGCUAGACAGAAUGCAGUAGACAAUAGAAUACCAAUGUUGAAAGAAACUCUAAAACCAAGAAAUAUAUCACUAGAGGCAUAUAAAAUAGCUUAUUCUAAGAAAAUAGAAUAUAAAAUCGCCCAGUCGAGAAAGAAAAUUGCAGAGGAAUCUGAAAAAAUGCUCAAGCUAAAGGAAGAGGCCACGAAAUUAUCUCAGCGAUAUAAAAUAGUUGCUACAGAACUACGGAAUAUUGCCACUGCAAUAACUAUAAAUAAAAAACAGCAAAGAGUCCUACAGAACAGUUUAUUUAAAAUAAGACAUCAGCAUCAGAUGCUGAUAAAAAGCUCACCAACUAAACAUUCCAGCAGCCAACACAUUCAAAUUGAUCAUUCGCAUGAUAAAAUUAUAACAUGGACUAAAUUGCAAAAAGAAAAUGAUCCAUCAAAGAAAGAACACAAAAAUCCUGAUAUGUUAAAAUCAGUUAAAGUCAGUGUCAUUAAUAAUUUUAAUAAUGAAAACAUUCAAGUUCACCCAAGACUAUCAGUCCAAGUAGAUACCAGUAACAACAAAAAAGUUGUAAAGAUGCCAAAGAGUCCUUUAAAAGACCGUGUAGUUGAUAUUAAAAUGUCGAGUUCCCAAAAAACUCAUGUUAAUGAAUUAAAUAGUGAACAAUUAGUCGGUACGUCAAUAAUGGAAAAAGAAACGAUAAGAAGAAGUAAUGAUGAGGCAGAAUCCUAUAAUACGAUCCAGGAUGUUAAUGAUUAUAAAUCACCUUUAGAUUCUUUACAGUGCAAAACGUAUGCUAAAAAACCGAGACUCUAUAUACAUUCAAACUAUCGUAAAGCUAACUGAGUGAAAUUGUGGAUGGCCAUAUGCGUACGAACAUCGCCGGCCUGCGCUGCGAUGUAAGUAUGCAUUAAAACUGUCCACGGCUGUAAACAACUCUGUAACUGUUCUAAACUGAAUGCCUUUCAGCUGGGAAGAAGACCCGAACGGUGUCCUGUGCCCUUUCGAGGUUGGAGGCAGUUGCAGGGACACCGAUUGCCAAUACCUCCAUCCCAAACCCCAUAAAACCGAAUGACACUACACAAAGUUCACAAACGUAUGCAGACACUGCCAUACAUACAAUAAUACUCAUACUCGUUACAUAUUACCGCGUAUGUCUUUCCUCUUCCACAUAAUAUCCUCUUUAUCUUCAACUGCCUAUGGAUACCAUUACGUUUGCCGUCAACAGUCGUACAGCAAAGCUUCGGGCGCGGUAAGUGAACGAACCUUUAAACUAGUGAUUAAAAGUAGUGAUUACCGACUAGACAUUGCGGUCCAGUGAUGCCGGAGCCCCGUGUCGUGCUCAGCUUUAAGGGUAAACUGUGUUUGUGGACAAUUCAUAUCGAUAACGUUAGAUAUAAUUAAUUUACCUAAUUAUAUUUAUGAAUAAAAUAAUGUAUGUA